AUGGAACCACUUCACAUCACCGAAUUCGCUUCAGAGCGAUAUUUUAGUAAAUUACGACAAAUCAACGAGAAUGGCCAUGCCGAUAAUGGAUCUGGAUCUGGGUCGGGAAAUGCGAAUGGAACAACUUCCAAUUCACAAAAUGUUCCUUCGACGACGGUCCCUUUGAUCAAUCAUGAAACAUCUCCAUUGGAAGCAGCUACAUUCAAUUUACCAUCCAGGCAACGAAAUUCGAAUCAUGAGAAUUUGGUCUUACGACCUAGCGAUCAAAGGAAACGUUCACUUGGACACGAUCUCACUUCACUACGAACACAACGUCGACCAAGUUUUAGUGGAUCAUUCGGUGCUUUGAGAUCGAAAGUUAAUAUCACACAUAGAGCUCCAUCAAUUGUUGAAUCUCAUCAGGAAAUAAUUGAGGAGAGGAUUGAAAGGCAAAGCGUUGCUCUUUCUGAUCUCUUCCUGACUUUACCAAACGAAUUACAAGCUCAAAUUAUCGCACCUUUACCAAUCCAUACGAUACUUGACCUACGACAAGUUUCGAAAUCAUUUCAUGCUUUAGUUACAUUGAAUGAAGCACCAAUCGCGAGAUAUCAUGCAACACAUACACUACCAGAUUAUACUAUACGGUUAUACCCUUUACCAGAUCCUUCGAACCUGAACUUACAUUGUUUGGGUGGAAUAUGGCAUCGACUACAUGUUGCAUCGAAAUUAUCUACGAUGAUAUCACUACAAGCGCGAAAGGAGAUAUUCUUGAGAACGACCGAGGCUCAAAAGGUGGAAUUUCAACCACAGUAUGAACGAAUGCGUCAACGAUUAAUACCACUCGUCUUUACAAUCUUUCAUUUCUUCGAAACUUACCGAGAUAUAUAUGCUCGACAUCUUGCAAGACGUGGGGCACCCUUAACACGAUUGCCAUAUACACUUAACCCAUUCGAAUCUUACGUUAUGAGUAUGUAUGAUGAUAGAACAUUAUUACAUGUUCAUCAGGUUUUUCCUCUGGUUAUGUCAUCGUUUUCUCGUCGAUUGCGGCCCCCUUCGUAUGUGGGAAGAGUGGAAAGGUCAAUCAGAGGUUAUUUGAAGGAUCGACCACCCGAUGAGGUUUACGCGACCAUUUUGACGAUAGGAGGAUUACGACAAGCUCAAAGAUUUUGGGAAACCAAGGGGUAUAAUGCGAGGAGAGCAGCGGUUGAUCAAUGGUACGGAUUUCUACAAACCAGUCGUUUACCUCUGGUCGAAUCAAAUGCUGUUGCACCGAAAUCGAAAAUGUCAAAAUUUGCCCAUUUGGGAAGAAAGAAAGCUCCCCAACCUGUCGCCCAACCUCCAACCGAUAACUCGGGUCAUGAUUCCUCGGGAUGCAAUGAAUGGUUUUGUGUCAAGCCUAAUUGUAUAGCUGCACGACGGAAUACAUCCGACGACAGCAUGGUAUGGAGAACGAGUCUUGCUGCAGGUCCACCAAUGCGUCCAUUAGGAAGGGAAGAACUCCGAUUGCUGGUGGAGAAUAUACCCGAUUUACAUGAUAUAUGGGCGAAGACAGCUGAAGCCACGAUCCUUCAGAGGGGGAUUGUGGAUAGACCCGAGAGGAUCAAGAAGAAUAGUUUGGUGUUGUUGGAUUUAAUCAAGGAGGAUGGGAGGGAUGAAAUGGAAGGUUGGGAAUCGGGGAGGACGGGUGGGAAUGCUGCCGAUGGAUCGGAGGUUGUGGAUGCUGGUUCGGUUUCGGAUUGA